AUGAUCAAUAAUUUGCGUUCAUUUUCAACUGCUCAAGAAAUGUGGAAUUAUUUGAAGCGUAUUUACAACCAAGACAAUGCAGCUAAACGUUUUCAAUUGGAGCUCGAAAUAGCCAAUUACAAACAAGGUACUUUAUCCAUUCAAGAGUAUUAUUCUGGUUUUUUGAAUCUAUGGACAGAACACUCUGCUCUUAUUCAUACUGAUGUUCCCAAGACUGCUCUCGCGGCUGUCCAAGAGGUCUAUAACACAAGUUAUCGAGAUCAGUUUCUCAUGAAACUUCGUCCAGAAUUUGAAGUUGUCAGAGGUGCCUUGCUUAAUAGAAAUCCUGUUCCGUCUUUGGAUACAUGUGUUGGAGAACUUCUAAGAGAGGAACAACGUCUCAUUACUCAAGGAGUCAUGUCUCAUGAAGCUGCUGUUUCUGAGCCUAUGACUGUGAUAACACGAUUUUAUAUC